AUGUGGAACCUUGGUUCUAACCCAAACGCCAAAAGAAUGGCUGAAGUUGUUAAAUUCUACAACAAAUUACCAAAAGGUCCAGCUCCAGCUCCAGCUAAACCAACCAACCCAAUUGCUAGAUACAGAGCUGCUUUCUUUGAUGGUGACAACGCUUCUGGUAAACCAUUCAUUCACUUGGCUAUUGUUAUCGUUAUCUUUGGUUACUCCUUAGAAUACCAACACUUGAAAGCUCACCAUUAA